AUGGCAUACCUUGCGAGGUGGGCUCUCGAGGCUCCCCCGGAGAAGCAGGCGCUGCGCGUGUUCAAGCGCCGCUUCGCCCUGCACUUCGGCUCCGUGGUCUGCGGUUGGCGGACAUUGUUCGGCAACUGCCGGUUAGUCAGUUUCGAGAAGUUCAAGAAGGCCUGCUGCGUCCUCCAGUUUGCGGACCGCGCGGCGGAGUACUGGUCGGAGCUCGACAUCGGCUUGGGCGGCUGCAUCUCCCUCUUCGAGAUGGACCCCGACACCACCGUGCUGCUGGCCAAGCUCCACGCGCGGAUCGCGGCCGUGCUGGACGGGCAGCGCCCCGAGGACGUGGCGGCGGACGUGGUCUUCCAGCGGCUGACGACGGUCGCGAACCUCAGGGCACCUGACCGCAUGGACAUACAGCAGUUCCGCUUGAUGGCUAAGUCCUUAGGACUCACCGACGCCGAAGCAGGACGCGCGUUCAAUUGCCUCGACAUCAAAGGCGGCCGCAACCCCCCGGCCCUCGUGACGGUGAAGGACGUGGCGUGGUUGAAGGGCCUCUCUGCCCUAGUGGACAUCGAGGCGGUCGUGCUGCCACCGACGUGCAGCCCCCUGGACGAGCUGGAGGAGGACUGGCGAACGCCCGAGCCCCAGGAGGCGGAGGCGAGCAGCCCGAGCUCUCCGCGCAGGCCUGCGGAGACGCACGCUGCCCCGAGGGUCGCCCUCAAAGUUGCCAACGCAGCAGCUGUUGGCAGAACCAGUUCGACAGCCAAGGUUGCCGCGGCUGCAAAGGCGGCGCCCCCGCCGCGGGCAGCGCGCGGCGCGCCCGCCGGGCCGAAGCGGGCGGCGGCCACGCCAGCGGCCGCGGCGGCUGCGGGGGGGGCCCUGCUGGCGGCAGCAGGAGGCGCCGUGGCGAGCGGCCGGGGCAGCCGGGGCGGCAGGCCCGAGGAGGCGAGAGCCGCGCUGGGCGGGGACGCUGCCGAGGCCGCCGCGGACGCCGCUCCCGCCCCCGCGCCGCCCGGCGGGGAGGGCGAGGAGCCGGAGGCCGCCGUGGGUGCCCGGGCGGAUGAGGCCGCGGACGCCGAGGGGGAGGAGGAGGGCAUCGAGGAGGACGAGGACGGCAAGGAUGCCGUGGAAGAGGAAGCCACGGACACCGAGGAGGACGAAGAAGAACAGGAGGAGGAGGAAGAGGAAGAUGAGGGCCAGAAGGACACAGAUGAGGAGGAAGCAGAAGGAGAAGAGUGGGUGGACGGCGCCGUAGAGGACGAGGCCGAAGACGAGCCCGAAGAUGCGGAGGCCGGCGUCGGCCUCCAGGACGACGUCGAGGAGGCGUUCUGA